UUCUUCAACGACCAACAAGGCCACUUAUUCCACCAUUUCGGUAGCUUGCUAGUCAACAUAAAAGCGAAACAUUGAAGCUCUUUAGACCAUUCUUGUGUAUAUUAAUCCGUGUUUUAAAGACAAUUAUGUGUACGUAUUAACGUAAAAGUAAUUUGCUUGUAAAAAUUUACCAAUUUGUCAAAAAAGGUAUACCAGCACCAGGCUAGUCGCAAAUGCUAACUAACUAGCUAGCUAACAAACAUCCCCGACCAUGAGUUCACUAAGUUAUUCCCCCCCUGCUACAGAACAGAAGCUCUGCUGGAUGGAGAAAGAAGCUCUGGGUCUGAACAUUGUCGUAAAAGAAGAGGAGGAUAUUACAGUGAAAGAAGAGGAAGAAGCUUUCAGAGUGAAAACGGAAGAAGAGGAGGCUAUCACAUUGAAAGAAGAAAAUUAUGUUACAGUGAAAGAAGAGAAAGAACCUUUUGGAGUGAAAGAGGAAGAGGGGAUAGAGGCUGUCACAGUGGAAGAGGAGGUAGAAGCUUUCAGAAUAAAAGAGGAAGAAGAGGAUUUUACAGUCCAAGAAGUGAACGAGCCUUUUGGGGUGAAAAAGGAAGAGGGGGUAGAGGCUGUCAUAAUGGAAGAGGAGGUGGUAGACGCUUUCAGAAUUAAAAAGGAGGAAGAGGAAGCUAUCACAUUGAAAAAAGAAGAGGAUGUUACAGUGAAAGAAGAGAAAGAACCUUUUGGAGUAAAAGAGGAAGAGGAGGCUAUCACAUUAAAUGAAAAUGAGGAUGUUAUAAUGGAAGAACCUUUUGGAGUGGAAGAGGAGGAUAUCUCAAAAGAGAAAGACGUUUUGGGAGUAAAAGAAGACGGAGAUGAUGAGGAGGAGCCUGAAGAUCCGAUUAACACCAGAGAGAGACCAGACUCUCACUCUGACAGCAGGAAGAGUCCUUCAGAGGAACCAGACCCAGAGACGUCCAAACCAGCAGGACCACACCAAUGCUCCCAGUGUGGAAAGAGAUUUAUCCGCAUAGGGCAUCUGAAAGAACAUAAGAGAACACACACUGGGGAGAAGCCUUAUCACUGCUCCCAGUGUGGAAAGGGUUUUGGACACUCUGGGUAUUUAAAAGUGCAUAAAAGAAAACACACUGGAGAGAAGCCGUAUCACUGCUCCCAGUGUGAUAAUACAUUUUUCUCUUCAGGGAACCUGAAAUCACAUGAGAGAACACACUCUCUAGAGAGGCAAUUUGAAAGCUCCCAGUGUGGAAAGAGAUUUAUUCAGUCAUCACAUCUGAAAGAUCAUCAGAGAAUACACACAGGAGAAAAAACGUUCCAAUGCUCUCAGUGUGGAAAGGGUUUUACUUGGGUAGGGAGCCUGAAAGCACAUGAGAUGAAACACAGCCUUUUCAGUGCUUUCAGUGUGGAAAAAGUUUUACCCGGUUAGGGAACUUAAAACUCAUGAGGUGACACAUAGGAGAGAAGCCUUUCCACUGCUCCCUGUGUGGAAAAAGUUUUACCCAUUUAUGGAACCUGAAAAUGCAUGAGAGGACACACAAAGGAGAGAAGCCUCACCUCUGCUCCCAGUGUGGAAAGGGUUUUGUUCAGUUAGUGCACCUAAAAAAAACAUCUAAGGACACACACAGGAGAGUAGCCUCACAUCUGCACCCAGUGUGGAAAGGGUUUUGUUCAGUUAAGUGGCCUGAAAGAGCAUGAGAGAGAAUACAUAGAGAUUUUAAUGAGCAGGGAAAGCGUCAUUCCGGCAGGACAUAUGUAGGCUGAACAGUAGGACAUAGGACAGGUAGAGGCUGCUGAACAGUAGGAUAUAGGACCGAUACAGGCUGCUGAACAGUAGGACAUAGGACAGAUGAAGGCUGAACAGUAGGACAUAGGACAGGUAGAGGCUGCUGAACAGUAGGACAUAGGACAGAUGGAGGCUGAACAGUAGGAUAUAGGACCGAUACAGGCUGCUGAACAGUAGGACAUAGGACAGAUGAAGGCUGAACAGUAGGACAUAGGACAGGUAGAGGCUGCUGAACAGUAGGACAUAGGACAGAUGAAGGCUGAACAGUAGGACAUAGGACAGGUAGAGGCUGCUGAACAGUAGGACAGAUGAAGGCUGAACAGUAGGACAUAGGACAGGUAGAGGCUGCUGAACAGUAGGACAUAGGACAGAUGAAGGCUGAACAGUAGGACAUAGGACAGGUAGAGGCUGCUGAACAGUAGGACAUAGGACAUAUGAAGGCUGAACAGUAGGACAUAGGACAGGUAGAGGCUGCUGAACAGUAGGACAUAGGACAGAUGAAGGCUGAACAGUAGGACAUAGGACAGGUAGAGGCUGCUGAACAGUAGGACAUAGGACAGGUAGAGGCUGCUGAACAGUAGGACAUAGGACAGAUGAAGGCUGAACAGUAGGACAUAGGACAGGUAGAGGCUGCUGAACAGUAGGACAUAGGACAGAUAUAGGCCUCUGAACAGUGGAACAUAGGACAGAUGUACUGAUUUUCCAGUGUUAUUCAUACAGCAUGUAUUACAGUGUAUCGUGUUUGACUUCACAAAAUGCAUUUCCAUGUAAAUGGACAAUAAAGUAUAUAAUUUUUG